GCGUCACUCAGGGGUGUCGGCGUGGGAAACCAGGAAGCCACAGUGGCUGCGGCCACGGUCACCUGGAUCCUAAAAGAUGGAACCAGCAUGUUGGGAAGGAUCGUGUUCGCCUGGCUAAAGGGGAACAAGUUGGAUUCUGAGGCCAAAAAAUGGAGGCUUUUUGCAGAUAUUCUCAACGACAUCGCCAUGUUCAUGGAAAUACUGGCCCAGUUCUUUCCCGCUUGGUUCACGUUGAUUGUUUGCACUUCAGGAGUAUUCAAGUCUGUGGUGGGUGUGGCGGGCGGAGCCACCAGAGCUGCUCUGACCGUCCAUCAAGCUCGCCGAGACAACAUGGCUGACAUCUCCGCCAAAGAUGGCAGUCAGGAGACUUUGGUGAAUCUGGCGGGACUCCUGAUUAGUUUGAUCCUCAUUCCGCUCGUCACGGACAGUCCGGUAUUGACCCUCAGCCUGUUCUUCCUCUUCACCGCCCUUCACCUCUUCGCCAACUACAAGGCGGUGCGUUCGGUGGUCAUGGAAACACUGAACGAAGCGCGGCUCGCAAUCCUGCUGCGCCGCUUCCUCCAAGACGGACACAUCUUCACGCCGCGGGAAGCAAAUCGAAAGGAACCUGUAUUUUUGGAAUGUUGGAAAACGUUACCUAUCAAACUUGGCGUGAGGCUUCAGGAAGUUGUCCAAAGCCCAGAAGAGUUGCGUUCUGCUUUGAUGAGGAAGGAUCCCCCCUUCGUACUGGGCGUCACAAACGGCUGCGUAUGCGUGUGUUUGACAACACACGCUCACACACGAGAUGAAAUCCGAGCGAUGUGCCAAGCUAUUUGGCUCCGCGACACGUUGAGUUCAUCCAAACAACAUCAUGGCUUCUGGCAAAUGGUGCAGAAGAGUCACAAGGUGAUGGAUGCCGAGUUUGACCGAUUUUACAAAGGUGUUCGAGCCGCCGGGUGGGAUGUGACGAAAACGCUCCUGGACUGGGACGAGUGGAGGGUCGAGUGGAAGUCAAAAGUCGGAUGAAAACACGCAGAGAUGUGACAACUUGUCAGACGAAUGAAGUAAAUCUCAGAUGAUUCAUUUCAAUGGUGA